CAAUAGCGUGAAUCUUAGGAAGACUCCACUCCAUCAAGUAAGGAUUGUACAACCAGAUCAACGAUCGUAAUAAAAAAUGAGUGGCAGGGUAUAUUUUGUGUGCUGAAACUAUGAUUUAAUUGUUUCAUAUCACUAAAACCACAUACCCACUUUGACUCUGAUAAACAAUUUUUUCUACGAGACGUACCGUCGUUCGAUAUGGUCUACAAACACUGGUAUGAAGGGAUUGGCUCAAAAGUGGGAAUACAAACAAUAUGCCUACGUAUUACAUAUAAUGCCUAGUUUAGUUUGGUGUGCAUUAUUGGGGGGGGGGGGGGGGGGGGGGGUUAUCAAUGAUUAAGGGAGUAUAUUUUUUUGGGUUCUCGUGAGUCCCAUUGUUGCACCCGUGAGUAUGCUGCUGGCUGGGUUUGUUUGUACUAGGCAACACUUUGUUCUUGAGCCCACCACCACAGAUUAAACAGACCAUUCCAGAAUGUUGCUGAUCGAUGAGAUUACAAAAUCUGCCGGCCAGACGGCUCCAACUCAACCGGAGUUCUUAUUAACUCAUUUGUGGUCGUGGAUAUAACAUAUAUAUAGCUGCAUAUGAGAUCCACAGGACAAAGAUGAAGUGGUCACUUAUUCUGUGGAUGAUGAUGAUAUAGCUAUAGGGGGUUGCCCAUGAUGGUGGGACCGAACCGAACCGAAUCGAUGAGUGGGGUGGAUUUCGGGCUUUUAAGAAAGUAGAGCAACAAAAUAAAAUUCUAUAAGAUAGACAUGUUCUGAUAAGUUUUUCCAAGUCCAAUCUUAAUGAGUUCCUUUCCUAUUUCGAUUCUGAUAAAAUUUUAUUGAUUUGAACAACUAGAUUGUCUCUCGUCUUUACCGAGCAGGUAGCGGACAUAAACCUGUAACUAACAUAUAUCACUCUGUUGUCUUCGCAUUACCAUAAAAAAAAGUUCAUUUUUCAAAAACAAUAUUAGAAUUCAAAGAUUUCAUUAAUUUUUUUUUGUGAAAAAAAAAACAAAUUUGAAGGCCACAUCAUUCAAUUUAUGGUAUAAAAAUAAAAGAAACCUAGGGUAAAGAGAAAUUUGGAAUAAUAUUAGAUGGGCCGAUUUGUAGGCCGCAGUUGGAAAGACCUCAUUUGACAUUUUGUCCAUGGGAGCCCAUGAGGGGGUAGAGGUCUUUCACUUCAGCCCAACAUUGACCCGCUUGUUACAUAGAUGGGCUUAAUUCUGUUUGAAAGAAAGCGCACUACAGUGCUUCUUCCGCCCGGCCCAGCCCAUUCCAUGUUUUGUUGUUUUGUUUCCUCCUCCUUGAAAGAAGAGAAUAACAGCGCACGUGCCCGUUUUGCUCCUUCCCUGCCAUUUCCCCCACUCUCAACCGACAACCGCCGCCCAUUUCCCGCCGCCGCCCGCCCCUCCAUUCUUCGCCGGAAUUUCCCACCAACCAUUUCACCAUAAUUUUUAUCUUCCCAUCACGUUUUACUCGAUUGAUCUCGCUCCUUUGAAUCCCUCCUUUAACGCUUGAUUCACACUCUGUAAAGUCUCUGCUUUUCCCCCAAAAAAAGGCCCGUCUUCAGCAGGAAGCAAAACGGUUGAUUACUUUUACUUCUGUCGAUGAUUCAUCGUCGGGCCGCAUGAUUCCACCCGAUUCACGUCUCGUUCUACCCGCUAGGCAGCCAGCACCGCUCCUUUUCCGCGGUGGCGGCGCCGAUCGAUCCUCUCUCCGGUUUGAUACGGCGGCUCGAUUCCGCUGCCGGCGGCGGACGUGCAGUAUGUCUUCACCCGUGUGUUGCUUCGGGGAAGGCAGUUGGCGGCGGAGGAGGAUGAAGGGAGGGAUGAAAGUGGAGAUUGAUAGUGGCGGGGAGGAUGUUUUGGAUGCUGGAGUUGCUUCUGGAUCGAGGGUUUAUCCUGAACAUCUUGUAAUCAUGGUUAAUGGGCUCAUUGGAAGCUCUGCGGAUUGGAGAUAUGCAGCAGGGCAGUUUGUGAAGAAGCAUCCGGAUAAAUUGGUUGUGCACCGGAGUGAAUGCAACUCAUCUAAAUUGACAUUUGAUGGUGUUGAUUUGAUGGGUGAGAGACUGGCUGAGGAGGUACUAUCACUUGUCAGGCAUCGGCCUGAAGUCCGGAAGAUCUCAUUUGUUGCUCAUUCCUUAGGUGGGCUUAUCGCCCGUUAUGCUGUUGCGAGGCUGUAUGAGCAAUCUCCAAAGGCAGUUCAAUCAGGAGAUGCAGUGAAAGGUAUUGGUCAGCAAACUUACGAAGCUCGAAUUGCAGGGCUCGAACCAGUUAACUUCAUAACCUUUGCAUCGCCACAUCUUGGUUCACGAGGACAUAAGCAGUUCCCUAUUCUCUGCGGCCUUCCUUUUCUUGAGAGACAAGCAUCUCAGACUGCUCACUUAAUCGCUGGGAGGACUGGGAAACAUCUUUUCUUGACUGAUGAUGAUCAGGGGAAGCCUCCUCUUCUCCUCCGAAUGGUGAAUGAUUCUGAUGAACUGAAAUAUAUAUCAGCUCUGCGUGCAUUCAAGCGGCGUGUGCUUUAUGCCAAUGCUAAUUUUGACUAUAUGGUUGGUUGGGGGACAUCAUCUAUCAGGCGUCAAAACGAACUACCCAAGUCCACUGCACUUAUAUUAGAUGAGAAAUAUCCCCACAUUGUCUAUAUUGAGCCUGAGAAUACCAAAAAGAAGCAUGGUCAAACAUCUUCCACAAGUCUGGUGGAACAGGCGACGGAUCUAGAAGAGAUGAUGAUCAAUGGUCUAACUCAAGUACCUUGGGAACGUAUACAUGUUAGUUUCCACAAGAGCAGGCAGCGGUUGAUUGCUCAUAAUACUAUUCAGGUGAAGAGCUAUUGGUUGAACUCAGAUGGUGCUGACGUGAUUUACCACAUGAUAGAUAACUUCCACAUCUAGCUCUAUUGAAGUUGGGUUCUUCCCAUCAACAAUAGUUCAAAGAUGGCCUGGAUUUCUUUUAUAUUCUCAUGUAUCAUGGGCAUUUUCAAACUUGAAACUAAUGCGGCAUAUGAAAGUUCACAUCUAGGUAAGAUAUAGAGAAACUGAAGGCUGUUGUUCAUUUUGCUCUUGCGUCUUGUAGAUUAUUAGCUUGUACAUAAAAAAUCUGUUCAUGAUUUGACCAUACUGGGAAACUGUACAAAGCUGUGUUUCGGCGAUUGUAUAAUGAUGCAAUCUAUCUCGACAAACUGCAACCUUUUGGUUUGCUACUAUGUGUUAAUUGCUUGAAUUCCAGGUCUUGGUUUUAGCUUCAAUCACCGAUACGUUCAUGCUUUUAGCUUCCGGAGUCUGGAAUGUCUGGCCUGAGUUGCCUGUCAGGAAACUUGAUAUGGCUCUGCAGCCAUACACAUUUUUUAAACUGCAGCAUUGUGCUACCUGAAUCACCUGGGAUUUGUGACAGAAUGAUGUAAGGAUGUGAGGGUUAAUUCAAGCUAGAGACAGAACCAUAACAAGUUACCUCUACUGUAAUGUUAUGGUACAAUCUAGUCUGUGUUGCCAUCGUCUUGUCUUCGAAAUGCAGCUUCAUCUGAAAGUAUGCCUGCAAAGUGGUCAGAUCAUGUUUGAAUUCGAUAUAAAUUAGAAAAAACAGACAUGGCAAACAUGUUUUAACCUUGAAGUCAUUAAUUUUUCUGACUGACAGGCCUACACAUUUGGCUGUAGCUUCGAUCUUCAUCAUGGUUUCAUCAAUAGGACGCUUGAUUCCCAACUUUGUUUUCUGAUUCUUUUGUUGCUAAAACGAAGGGGGGAAAGAUGAACAGAGUUGAAUUGUUAAUGCUCAAUCAAGCUUCUUAAUGUUCUCCGAACAAACCAGAGAGAUCAAUACCAUAUGCGUUGCUAUAAGCCGAAAAGCAUUGAUGAAGCCUGUGGAGGUCUUGAUCCUCAAUUCCACAUAAUCACUAAAUAUUAUUAUAAUUAGCUUAAAAAUUAAAAAAAAAAUUGAAAAUUUAAUUACAAUAUAUUUUAAUUUAAUAAUUUAACUAUAAUAUAGUUUUUUAUUUUAUUUUCAAGGCUGUUUCUCAAAAUUUGUUUUAUCAGUUUUGUUUUAAUUUUUAAUUUAAUUAUAAUAAUUUUAGUUAUUAUAUGAAACCCGAAAUUUUUUAAGUUUAUUUAUGCUGACUGGGCAGUGAUUAGGGAUGGCAACAAAACCUGAACCCACAGGUACCCACCCGACCCAAUCCGGUCAACGCGGGUAAAACCCGUGUUGACGGGUUUUGGGCCGGGUUCAGGUUUAAACCCGUUCACUAUUAACCAGGUUGGGUUUGGGUUUAGAUAUACCCGCCCCAUGGGUACCCGCCCACACCCAUAUAAUGAAUUUUCUCAGUAUAUUUAAUAUUCUAGACAAAUAAUCUUAUUUAUGUUUGUGGAGACAUCAACACCUUCGCAAUGUAGCAAGAGCUCUAAAGUUUCUAUCUUUAUUGAUGGCUAAUAGUGCAUUUACCAAACAAUGAAAAUUUUGAAAAUUUUAUUCAAUAAUCAAGAGAAUUAGAAUCUUCUAAUCGUUUAUUACAAUCUACAUAUUUAGACUUCAAUUCUCAAACAAGGCCUCGAUAUUGGUUUUCGUAAGAUACUUCCAAGACUUCUGCCCACCAUCAUAGUGGUGCUAUGACUAUGAAGUAGUUGGAUUGUUCUCCGGUUUCUAAUAUGAAAAAACUAUAUAUCUAAAACCAAACACAUCGACUCAAAUCGAUUAAAUUAAAAUUUUAAUAAAAUUUUAAUUUUAGU